GUAAAAUGCAGCAAAGACCCAAUUCGAAACUGCUGAAACCACUGAGCAGUAUUUGUCUUUCUAGUCAACAUCAUGGCAUUCGCCGCACUCUUAUUAGCCGCGACAGUUGUCCUUAUGCAAGCCCUCAACGCGGCCGCCGACCCACUUCCGCCGGUCAUCGAUCCUUUUUACACGCCCCGAGAUGAAAAUUGGAAAGGUCAGAAGCCAGGUUUCGUCAUUAACCAUCGACCGGUCGACCUACCCUCACUUAUCCCUGGCGUCGAAAGCCCAUUGACGGCACACCAGCUCCUCUUUGUAACACGUAACGCUACAGGUCACCCAACAACAUCCGUGACUACUAUCAUCCGGCCACAGCAUGCCAACCCUAACCGCCUGCUAUCCUACCAAAUCGCUUACGACUCCCCGGAUGUGAAUUGCUCCCCGUCAUUUGGUCUUCAGAAGGAUGCCAAUCCCAACGCUCAGAUGUGGAGCUGGGGUCAAAUGACCUUUGUUAUCCCGUAUCUUAUGAGCAGCAAAGGACCAUUGGGGGAGAGACCGUUCAUCAAUGUCCCGGACUACGAGGGCAACAACGCUGCUUUCACUGUCGGUCCACAAAGCGGCUACCACACCUUGGACUCUAUUCGCGCCGCUUUAAACUCCCACAACCAUACGGGAAUUGACUCAGAAGCGAGGGCAAUCCUGUUUGGUUACUCCGGCGGUGGACUCGCCUCGGAAUGGGCGGCAGAGUUGCACGCCAAAGAGGAUUCCGACCUCAAUAUAGUUGGUGCUGCGAUUGGUGGCCCGCCUCCAAACGUAACAAAUACAUAUAUCCACGUCAACGGGACCCAAUCCCCGCUCAAUGUGUGGGCAAUACUAGGCGUAAUGAAUGCAUUUCCCGAAGUGUCAGACUUUUUGCGCGAUAACCUUAAGCUAAGUUGGGGCUCAUAUUUCCUUGGGCCCCUCACACGAUGCAGCAGCCCAGACCCGAAACCGCCCAAAAUCCCGACGAACGCCAACGUCACAGACUGGUUUGAUAGCGGCGAUAAGUUUCUGUACAAAUUCAAACACAUCCUUGAUCAGUACGGGGUCAUGGGACAGCACGUCAACCCAACGCAUAGACCGAAAUUUCCUCUAUAUAUCUACCAAGGCACGAAGGACAAUAUAACAGCCCCGGUCAAUGAUACCGACGCCUUGUACUGGAAGUAUUGCCAUUCGGGCACGAAUGUUCGAUAUGUGAGGUAUGAGGGUAGGGAUCAUGGACAGACACUCAUUGCGGGCAUGUACCCAGCUUGGACUUGGAUCUCUUCUCGGUUUAAUCGGGUGCCGGUUCUAAGGUGCUCCGUCAAGAAUGUUACCAAAGAUAGUGAUGGUGAUGAUGAUGAAGACGUCUUUUCUACUGUUGACUUGAGGGUAGAUAAAACUGGUUCCGAGGAGCAGUCUGGUCAAGACAAGCUUACCGGCCUGGAUUUUACUCAUGAGAAUGACCUCUAGGCUCAGAAUGUAUGGUCUUUGGAAGGUUCCGCAGGAUACACCCCGAAUACCUAAGAUUGAGGACCAUGUGGAAAUUUCGAUAAUCUUCUUGUGUCAGAAGGCCUAAUCCCAUCACAAUCGAGUAUAUGCUAAUUUUCGAUCGUGCUGUGUUGUGGUAAUGUCAUAUUACAUAUAAUGUUAUUUAAUGUCUACCAGAGAAAGUUAUAGUGGUUCACUUACAGUCACUGGC